CUCUUAAUGAUAAUACUAAUAAUAAUAAUAAUAAAUGAAAAACCACGCGGGUCCUUCAGGCUUUAUGUAUUAGAAGAUCGUUUCAUUAUAAUGAGCUUUGAUGUGAUCACCGCCGCCGCCGCCUAAGAAGAAGAAGGAAAAAAAGAGAGAGAGUGAGAGAGCGAGAGAGAGAGAGAGAGACACGGCAUGACUCGGACGGUGCGCUUGAACCUAACGUGACUUGUGGGUCUGGUGAUGGGGGGCACGACUGAGCAUUUUGGGUUGCCGAGCCGCAGCGGCUGCGGGGAGCGUGCCGGUGGAGCCCAGGCUUGUCUUACACUUGGUGGACGUUCACAAGACGGUCAGUUUUUCCUAAAAGUCCUCAUACCAAGUUAUGCUGCUGGAUCUAUCAUUGGGAAAGGGGGGCAGACGAUUGUCCAGUUACAGAAGGAAACUGGGGCCACCAUCAAACUGUCCAAAUCCAAAGAUUUUUACCCAGGUACCACAGAACGGGUCUGUCUUAUCCAGGGCACAGUGGAAGCUCUGAAUGCAGUUCACGGCUUCAUUGCCGAGAAGAUUCGGGAAAUGCCGCAGAAUGUGGCAAAAGCCGAGCCAGUCAGCAUCCUGCAGCCCCAGACCACAGUCAACCCCGACCGCAUCAAGCAGACAUUGCCAUCCUCCCCAACUACCACCAAGUCCUCUCCAUCCGAUCCCAUGACCACCUCCAGAGCCAAUCAGGUAAAGAUUAUAGUUCCGAACAGUACAGCAGGUCUGAUCAUUGGAAAGGGUGGUGCAACUGUGAAAGCUAUAAUGGAACAGUCCGGGGCGUGGGUACAGCUCUCCCAGAAACCUGACGGGAUUAACCUUCAGGAGAGAGUAGUCACAGUGAGCGGGGAACCAGAACAGAAUCGCAAAGCUGUGGAACUCAUCAUCCAAAAGAUACAAGAGGACCCCCAGAGUGGCAGCUGUCUGAAUAUUAGUUAUGCCAACGUCACAGGCCCAGUGGCCAAUUCUAACCCGACUGGAUCUCCUUACGCCAACACUGCUGAAGUAUUACCCACGGCUGCAGCUGCUGCAGGACUGCUUGGACACGCUAACCUUGCAGGAGUUGCAGCUUUCCCAGCCGUCCUGUCUGGCUUCACCGGGAACGACCUGGUUGCCAUCACCUCUGCACUCAACACUUUAGCCAGCUACGGAUAUAACCUCAACACUUUAGGGUUGGGCUUAAGCCAGGCUGCCGCCACUGGUGCUCUGGCCGCAGCUGCAGCAAGCGCCAACCCGGCGGCGGCAGCAGCAGCCAACUUGCUAGCCACCUAUGCGAGUGAAGCCUCUGCUAGCGGUAGCACUGCUGGGGGCACAGCUGGCACAUUCGCAUUAGGCAGCUUGGCAGCUGCCACUGCUGCUACUAACGGAUAUUUUGGUGCUGCUUCUCCUCUCGCAGCUAGUGCCAUUUUGGGGACGGAGAAGACGACGGACGGAUCAAAGGAUGUAGUUGAAAUCGCAGUGCCAGAAAACCUAGUCGGUGCAAUCCUUGGGAAAGGAGGAAAAACGUUAGUAGAGUACCAGGAAUUGACUGGUGCAAGGAUACAGAUUUCCAAAAAGGGCGAAUUUGUACCUGGCACACGGAACCGGAAGGUGACGAUUACGGGAACGCCGGCUGCUACGCAAGCUGCUCAGUAUUUAAUAACACAACGGAUCACGUAUGAGCAAGGAGUUCGGGCUGCUAACCCCCAAAAAGUGGGUUAAUGCCGAAACUUUGUUUCUUUUAAUCCCUCCUUUGCUGUUUUUAAGAAGGAUGUACUGUAUUUUGCAGAAGUGAAGUUUUUUUUUUUUUUGGUUAAUAUAUAUAAUAUGCAAAUGAAUGCGAUUAUGUUGAACAUGUGUAUAUGUAAAUAAUGUGUUUUAACAGAUGUUUCAUAGAAGGAAAUUUUUCUUGAUCUGUUUUAGUUCUAUACUUUGCUUGUGUAUAUUUGUCAGAAUUGUUUCUAGUGUGAGGAAAUCUUAGCCUGCCAUUUUACCAGCAUUAUUGUAGUUAUAUAUUAAAAAAAAAAACAAUUACUAAUAAUGAUUGAAUGUAGACAGGGGUAUGCGUAUAGUUUUCAUUAUCUGUUGAAAUAGCAAAUGCUAAAAUAACUACUGUUAGUUAGGGGUCUGAUUGGGGUUUUAGUGACCGAAAAAUGAAUGGAGUGAGGCCAAAGCACUGUCAUGACAGUCUUACUUCUUGCGUAGGGCAUAGAGAAGUAGGAGUUCAUAUUUUCUGAAAAAAGAAAAAAAAC